AUGUCUACUACUACUACUACAACAACAACAAUAAAUUUACCACCAACUUCAAUACCAAAAACAAAUAAAUCAAUAAAAUUAAAUAAUAAAAAUAUAUCAAAACAUGAAAUAAUACCUUCAAAAACUGAUAUUGGUGCUUUAGGUAAUAGAAUAAAUUUAGAAACAAGAUCAUUACAUGAUAAAGUUGAUAAAUUUGUUACAUUAAAAUUUGCAAUUGCAUUAAGAAAUUAUAAAGUUUAUCGUCAAGGUUUACAAGCUUUUUAUCAUGUAUUCAAAAGUAUUGAAAUAGCAUUAGAUUAUCAAUUUAAAAAUAAUUCAGAAGAUAAAUAUGUUGAAAUGUUAAAACAAGUUUGGAGACCAGAUAUUGGUAGAACUUUAAAAGCUGAACAAGAUUUAUUAUUUUAUUAUGAUAAUUCAAAAGAAAAAUUUGAAAAUCCAAGAAUGAAAGAACAAAUUGAAUUUAGUCAACAUAUUAUAAAUGUUACAAAAGAAAAACCUUAUUUACUAUUUGCUUAUUUGCAUGUUAUGUAUUUAGCUUUAUUUGCUGGUGGUAGAUUAAUGAGAUCUUCUUUUGCUAAAGCAACUGGAUUUUAUCCUCAUAAAAAUAAUUUAAAACAUGAAGAAAUUGUAAAAUUAGGUACAAAUUUUUUUAAUUUUGAUGUUGAAGAUGAAAAUUUAUUAAGAAUGGAAUAUAAAAGAAAUUAUGAAUUAUUAACUAGAAAUGGUUUAACUGAAGAUGAAAAACUUGAAAUUAUAGAAGAAAGUAAAUUUAUAUUUGAAAAAAAUGCUAAAUGUUUGAUUGAAUUAGAAAAUUAUAAUAUGGAAAAAAUUAAUGGUACUUGGUUAUAUUUUAUGAUGACAAAAGGUUAUUAUGCUUUAAUUCUAUUAUUAUCAAUUUUAUUUGUAUUAUAUAUCUCAAAAGUUGUAAUGAGAUUUGUAUAG